AUGGUGUGAAGAGCAUUUCAAGUGAAGAUAGUAGUUUCCUAUAACAUCGAGUUCUCUAUCCGCUUUUCUCGACUGAGAUGGACUGGCUUUAGCAGACGAUUGAUGAACGUUACUUUAGGCCCAUGCCUGCCACGGGAAAGAAGCAUGGCUGUCGGUGGCGACGCGGUUGGGUGAUGUUUUGUCUUUCAUGCCUUCUUGUUAACUCGUCUCAUGAAACACCGUUCGAAAACUGUUCUCGUAAUUCUUCAUCGCCUUCCGUCGCAAAGGAAUCCUUCUUCGAUUACAAGACCUCCGUUGUCGAAAACGAAUACAUUGUUGUCUUCAAUGGAUACUAUACCACUUCAGCUAGGGAUGGAUAUGUCAUGUCAGCCCUUGAUUUGUCCUCUGUUAAAUCCUGGAAAAUUAUCCCUCGGCAUAAUCCUGCCAGUGACUACCCAAGUGACUUCUCUCUUGUAAAGUUGAAAGGAGACACAAGAAGUGGUGUUGAUGCACUAAAGAGACAUCCUAAGGUCCGAAGUGUUACACCGCAAAAGAGAGUUGAAAGAUUUCUCAAGAGCAUAGAAGUGAAAGAGGAUGAACUGAAGAAGGAAACUGAACGGAGUGCAGAUGCAGACUGUGCAGAACAGGAUGUUGGUUGUUGGUCACAGGUGUGGAGCGCAAGGAGGACAACACGCUCCAGUCUAGCAUUGAGUCACAGCCUUAUUCAGUCUCAGCUUCGUCACAACCCUGGUAGAAGAAUCCUCAGAUCUGUCCCAAGACAGAUUGUUCAUGUGUUACAAGCUGAUGUGCUCUGGAGUAUGGGCCACACAGGUGAUGGUGUUAAAGUAGCCAUUUUUGACACUGGUUUGCCAAAGAAUCAUCCACACUUCAGAAAGGUCAUGGACAGGACAAACUGGACAGAGGAAAAGACCCUUGAUGAUGGUCUUGGCCAUGGAACCUUUGUUGCAGGUGUUGUGGCAAGUUCACGGGAAUGUUUAGGGUUUGCCCCUGAUGCAGAGCUUCACAUUUUCAGAGUUUUUACCAAUAGUCAGGUGUCUUACACGUCUUGGUUUCUGGAUGCUUUUAACUAUGCAAUCCUGAAAAAAGUGAAUGUUCUGAACCUGAGCAUUGGAGGACCUGAUUUCAUGGAUCAGCCUUUUGUUGACAAGGUCUGGGAGCUCACUGCAAAUGGUGUUGUAAUGGUUUCUGCCAUCGGUAAUGAUGGCCCAUUGUAUGGAACUUUAAACAAUCCCGCUGAUCAGAUGGAUGUCAUCGGAGUCGGUGGUAUCAACUUUGAAGACCAUAUUGCACGUUUUUCUUCCAGGGGAAUGACGACAUGGGAACUACCAGGAGGAUAUGGGCGAGUCAAACCAGAUGUUGUUACGUACGGUUCAGGGGUGCGAGGCUCAAGCCUCAAAGGUGGAUGCCGCUCAUUAUCUGGGACAAGUGUUGCGUCGCCAGUUGUGGCAGGAGCAGUCUCUCUUUUACUCAGUGCUGUUAAACAUCGUGGAAACAAUGUAAACCCAGCGAGUGUCAAGCAAGCUCUAAUGGCUUCAGCUCGCCGUCUUCCAGGAUUUAACAUUUUUGAACAAGGUCAUGGCAAGCUCGAUCUUAUCAAAGCUUAUCAAAUUCUGAGCAAUUACAAACCACAGGCCAGUUUGAGUCCAGCUUACAUCGACUUAACCGAGUGUCCUUACAUGUGGCCAUACUGCACGCAACCCUUAUACUAUGGUGGAAUGCCAACCAUUGUUAAUAUCACCAUUUUGAACGGAAUGGGUGUAACUGGGCAAAUUGAAGGGAAACCGACGUGGCAUCCUUAUUUACCACAGAAUGGCGACUAUAUCCAGGUCGGAUUUUCAUACUCCUCUGUCUUGUGGCCAUGGUCUGGAUAUCUGGCUGUAGUUAUUACGCCUGCUAAGAAAGCUGAAUCAUGGGAAGGCAUCGCGCAAGGUCACGUGUCACUUACAGUCGUGUCCCCUCCACAGGAAUCUGACAUAGAACCCCGGCGAUCCACAAUCAAACUGCCAGUUCGCGUUAAAAUUAUACCCACCCCACCCAGGAGCAAACGAUUGUUGUGGGACCAAUUUCACAAUCUUCGAUACCCGUCAGGAUAUUUUCCCCGAGACAACUUAAAAAUGAGAAACGACCCGUUAGACUGGAAUGGUGAUCAUAUUCACACCAAUUUUAAGGAUAUGUACAUGCAUCUCAGGAACGCUGGUUACUUCGUAGAAGUUCUUGGAGCUCCGUUCACAUGUUUUGAUGCUUCAAAGUACAGCACGUUGCUUCUUGUUGAUAGCGAAGAGGAAUACUUUGCUGAAGAGGUAGCCAAGCUCAGGGAGGAUGUGGAGGAGAGGGGCCUGUCAGUGAUUGUAGUUGGUGACUGGUUCAAUGUGCCUGUCAUGAGAAAGAUCAAGUUUUACGAUGAGAACACGAGACAAUGGUGGAUGCCGGACACUGGAGGAGUGAAUGUACCAGCAAUUAAUUCACUGCUGUCUCACUGGAACAUGGCUUUCAGUGAUCAAGUGUACGAAGGAGAAUUCACUAUUGGAGACAAUAAAGUGUUGUACUCGUCCGGAACAAGCAUAGCCUCGUUUCCAACAGACGGUCUCGUAAUAAAAGAAAAAUUGAAUCAUCAGGGGAACGAGGUUGUAACGGGGGAGACUAAGACCGAGGAGGACGUGGCAAUUCUGGGGCUUUAUCAAGUACCGGGCCUCCAAAGUGGUAGAAUCGUUUUGUAUGGUGAUUCGAAUUGCCUUGACAACGCACAUAUGGAAAAAGACUGUUUCUGGUUGUUGGACCUGCUUGUAGACUUCACUGCAAAUCGUGUUCUGUCUCCUGUUCUAAAGGAUCUCAGCAGUGGACCCCCAAAACCCUCUGAAUCUGCCCCAGAGAGAAUGGAUGGGAACCAUCUCCAUAAAUACUCCAAAGUCCUGGAUGCAACCCAGCUAGGGGCUAUUGAAACAGUCCCGUUGCCUGAUUGUCCCGCUCAGGCGUGGAGCAAACCAGAGCCCCUCAAUAUAACGGCCCCAGAAAACCUUCACAAGCAAAGAUGGCUAUUAUCUGUAAAUCUAGAUCAGUUACCCGUGAUAGUGCCUCGUCACGUGCAGCGUGUGGCCCCGUACCCGGAUGUAGCAGAUUCAGACCCGGAUGAACUUCCCGCGGUCAACAUUAGUGUCCUUUCCACCUUACCAAUGUACGUGGUUUUCUUCUCAACUUUGAUCGUUAUUUACUGCGCUGUUCUGUCGUGUCGAGCUAACCGCAAACCACGAGCUAAGAAACAAAAACCCAAGUCCCAACGCUUGGCGGUGACACGGACAAAACUACCCUACGUAUAACCGUGAAUGGGAUUAGCGACGGAGAUUGUAGUUCCUGAUGCUCAACAUGGACCAAAUCCAUAAGGGAGCUGUAUCAGUGGGUCGAGAGGUGUGGAAGGUUAACGCUCCUUGGGUGCACAGACAAGUGUGCAGUGUUCCUAAGCGCGGCGGAGCCCCAUCCAAAAUGAGACCGGAGUUUCACCGUAUGGCUCUUACUACGUGUGAAGAUCCCGCGAAACUGGAAGUAGACAACGAUCCAGCGACCUAAAACAGCGCUGGUCGCUGUGUAGUUGACGAUGUCAAAAUAUUCACCUUUUUGCCAGAGUAAAUUGCAGUGAGUUAGAAAACUUUUUCCAUUCCUCCAGAGUCGAAGGCUUGAGAACUAUUGAGUGUCUGUACUCUAGAUUACGUUCAGAAGUUUGAGGGUUUUGAAGCCAAACAGCCCAAAGACGAAAUAUUCUUGGUUAUGAGUAAUCCAAGAGGUAAAACAGAAAUUAAAGUUUUUGUGGCAUUGUAAAGAAAUUUCAUUUGCAGGUAAAGAUAUCUGGUUUAUAAAUAGAAAUGUUUGUACAAUACAGAAUUAUGGAACCUUGUUUUACCACAGACUGUGUGCGGAUACGUAAAUGCGUUCCAUGAUUGUUACGCCGAGAAAAUCUUAGGAAUUCCGCAAAAAUAAUGUCUUUUGAAAUAGAAAAUAAGAAAAUCAAAUUUAUAUUUUUAUCAAUAUAAUUUACACAGGAAAGUUGGUAACAGACAUAAAUAAAACAAAGAAU